UGGGACACCUGAGGUUUCUGUUUCCUCCCUGUGUGCAGGCUUGCUUGGCAGCUUCGACAUCUGCUUAUUUUCUGUCUCUACCAGGACCUGUGAUGACAGUGACAUACACUAACCGUGUGGCCGAUGCCCGCCUAGGCACCUUCUCGCAGCUCCUGCUUCAAUGGAAAGGCAGCAUCUACAAACUCCUCUACUCUGAGUUCCUUAUCUUCAUCUCCCUCUACUUCGCCAUCAGCCUUGUCUACAGGCUGAUCCUCAGCGAAAGCCAAAGGCUGAUGUUUGAGAAGCUGGCACUCUACUGCAACAGCUAUGCUGAGCUAAUCCCUGUGUCCUUUGUGCUGGGUUUCUACGUGGCUCUGGUGGUGUCCCGCUGGUGGGCGCAGUACGAGAGCAUCCCAUGGCCUGACCGCAUCAUGAACUUGGUCUCCUGCAAUGUGGACGGGGAGGAUGAGUACGGGCGGCUGCUGCGUCGCACCCUGAUGCGCUACAGCAACCUGUGCAGCGUGCUGAUCUUGCGCUCCGUCAGCACUGCUGUCUACAAGCGCUUCCCCAGCAUGGAGCACGUCGUGAGGGCAGGCCUCAUGACACCUGAAGAGCACAAGAAGUUUGAGAGCUUGAAUUCCCCCCACAACAAGUUUUGGAUCCCAUGUGUGUGGUUCUCCAAUCUGGCUGUGAAAGCAAGGAAUGAGGGGAGGAUCCGGGACAGCGUGCUGCUCCAGGGCAUCCUGAAUGAGCUCAACACUUUGCGCAGUCAAUGCGGGCGGCUCUACGGGUAUGACUGGAUCAGCAUUCCCCUGGUCUACACCCAGGUGGUGACCGUGGCUGUUUACAGCUUCUUCCUGGCCUGUCUGAUCGGGCGGCAGUUCCUGGAUCCUGAAAAAGCAUAUCCUGGCCAUGAACUAGAUCUCUUCGUGCCUGUCUUUACAUUUUUGCAGUUCUUCUUCUAUGCUGGCUGGUUAAAGGUGGCCGAGCAACUAAUCAACCCUUUUGGGGAGGAUGAUGAUGACUUUGAAACCAACUGGCUCAUUGACAGGAACCUGCAGGUCUCCCUUAUGGCAGUGGAUGAGAUGCAUCAGGAUUUGCCCAUUCUGGAGAAGGAUCUAUACUGGAACGAGCCCGAUCCUCAGCCACCUUACACCGCAGCCACUGCUGAGUACAAGCGCCCAUCAUUCCUUGGAUCAACCUUUGAUAUCAGCAUGCAGAAAGAAGAGAUGGAGUUCCAGCCCCUGGAGCAAAUUAAAGAGAAUGAGGAAGCAAACCAUUCCACGCCGCUACUGGGACACCUGGGCCGCUUCCUCGGUGUCCAGUCACCAAGCUUCUCCAGGUCCUCUUCCCGCAUGAACCUCCUGCGCAGGCGAGGGGAGCCCACAUCCCCCUUCUCCCAUUACACGUACCAAGACAUGGGCAAGUCUGGAAACAUCAGUCAGCCAAGGGGAGACACCAACUCACAGGAGCAGUGGGACGGCGAGGACGGAAAACUAAGGGAGUUUGAUGCCUUCAUAUCGACCCCAUUUUAUGAGAGACCUGGUUUCUACAGUGCCCCACAGACACCAAUCAGCUCCAUCCCCAUGAUCUUUCCUUCUAGACGCCAAGGGCGCAAGAAGCCCCCUGCACUCUCCAGCAUAGCUGCAUGCUCAAAUUCUCUUAAGGAUGUCAUUGUCAACUCCUCACCUUCCAGGAUGAGUGAUACGUACAAAAGCCAGAGCUCCCUCGGCUCAGGUGCAAAGGAAACAUUUAUAUGGCCAACAGAACGGAAUAAAGGUCCUGACUCGCUGGUUGUAACGGUGGAAGAAGAAAAGAGCAACUCUAGCAAUAAAAGCAGAGAAGCUGCCAUCACAGGAAGCCCAGAAGCUCUGUCCACAGCAUCAGACAGCCCCAAAUUCCCCUUCCUAGCAGAGUCCCCAGACCACGAGCAGCAGGGCAGCUUCAAAAGCCUGAAGACUUUAAAAGGCUCCCACCCACCCUGGCUAACUCUGGAGAACACAGUAACAACCACUCCCAAUUCUGAGCAAUCGAGUGCCUUCCCCCCACCUAGCAACGUACCGCCCAGCAGCAACACCUCCUUCUGCUUCUCAUUCACCCCCGUAGCAUCUCCAGUGCUGGAGAGAUCCCCCAUGGGGAACACGUGCCCCGAUACUCACAGCCUAAGUUCAGAAGACACAGCUAGCGCACCAGACCAGCAUCCACCAGAGGUUUCCAGGAGCACGAGAGAGACAGGAAACAGAAACAGUAAUACUCCUCCUGCGAGGGAGACAAGAAGAGCAGAAAGCCCAUCCACUAAUGACUCUGGCAUCUCUCUUGCUGAGGGUGACUAUGUGGGGCUGAUGGAGGUGAUCAUGGAGACAAGUGAAAGCAUAUGUGAAGAGCAGAUGGAUCAGUACAGCUAGAGGAGACCAAGAGACAAACAAGUACGUCGGGUAUCUGAGAAACAAUGCUGCAGUAUCUUCACACCUGGCCCACACUAGCACUCAUCCUCCUAACAGAAGGGCAGUGCUGCCAGACUUCAUUUUUCUGGAGUAUUAUUCACCUACAGCCCAGCACCAGUGACUCACCACUACUGGACUCAGGCACAGUAGCAGGCACGUGACUUCAGUGCUGCAAUGAGAAAAAGAGGAAAAAAAAAAAAACCUCAAUACACUCUAGCAAAACAAGACUUCUAAUGUUAGGUAUUACGAAUGCCUAACUGUAGAACCAUAGUUGAACAGAUACUGAGGAGUCUGGAGUGCAGGCAUAGCCCAAAGCAGAUGAUGUAGUUAAGGAUACUUCAUUACAGCAAGAAUUGGAGCUCAAAGUUUACAUGAGUGCUUGCCAUAAGGCCCAGGACCUGCACAAGUUACUCCAGGGAAAGAAAGGGACUGAGGCAUAGCAUUUGUGAUACAGACACACAGUGCUUCAUGAAGUCCUACCCAGCUGAUGCUCUCUAGCACCAGUAAAGCAAUGGGGUAAGGCCACUUGAACAAGUGGCUGCCACCAAUGGUAUUUACAUUGCUUCAAGUUUUGUAUCAUAUAUAUCACUGAUUUGAAAGCAAUCAAAGUCAUCUGGAUGGUAGCAGACAACACAAAGCUAAGAUUUUUUAACAAGCCCUGAUUAAAAAAAGCAAGGCAGCUGUCCAGGACCACUUGCUUCCUCAUCUUAGUUUCCAAGCAACAAUAAAAGUUUAAAGAAA